UCGUUUUCCAAUGCUGGGGAGCCGGGAAACGGGAACCGCGGGCUACGGGGAGGCGGUGGUCGGGCCGUCGGGGCCGCUGAGCCAGGAAGACCGCCGGAUGGAGGCGCCUUCCGGCCGGGCAGGGUGUCGUCUUACCGGCCUGGUCAGCUGGAGGCAGAGACCUUGCAGGACUUCAGCCCUGUUUGCUGCAGCCAACACGGUGAUCUGGUUUGUGGCCUUCAGCUCUUUCCGGGCCUACAGCCUCCUGGCCGUCCUGCUGGCUCUGCUGGUCGUCAUGGUAACCGCCAGAGACAUCGCCUGGUCCAGAUCCACAGGAGCUCACUUAUGGCGCAGCAUGACAGCAAGCUGGGAGAUCAUUGACUCAGGCCAGGACAGCCAGUCUGGGACCGGACCUCAGCUUAGCGACUCUCUCAAACUCUUCCUCCAAGAGACGUCGGCUUUCAAACAGCAGAACCCUGGCAAGUUCUGCCUGCUGGUUUGCAGUUUGUGCACCUUCUUUGCUGUUUUAGGACGCUACAUUCCAGGGAUUUUUAUCUCAUAUAUUCUAGUGCUGGGUGUUUUCCUGUGGCCUCUGAUUUCAUCUCAAGAGGUUGGUUUGUGGCUGGAGCCAGUUCUGCAGAAGCUGGACUUUGGCAUCGUGGAGUUCCUUCAGAAAAUCAAAGAGAACCAUGAGAAAAGAAUGAUGCAGGCUCAAACUGAGAAAGAGGGCAUCGAGUCAGACCUCUCUUCCAUGUUUCCCAAGCUCGACUCCACAGUGUGUAAGGAAAUGUCUGUAUCGGACACAGAGGUGUCUGAUGUGACGUGGACGGACAACGGCACUUUCAACCUGUCAGAGGGACACACACCACAGACGGAGAACUCAGAGGACCUCGACAGAGAAGAAGCGUUUACAGGAGGCCUUCCAGAAUUCCCCUCACUUGAUAACGGCGCAACGACCAAUGGCGACGACGACGACGACCUCAGCCUCGGUCUUCCCUGCCCUCCGCCUCAGCUGCCGAUCAAAUCCAAGCAUACCUCCUCUCACAAAGACCAACCCACUGAUAAAGCCCUCGAGUUAGUCAACCAGAUGGCGGGUGACGUCAUCGCGGCCGCCGUCACGGCCGCCAUCCAGGAGAGAAUAGAAGCGGCAGUCGGCUUCACGGCGCUCAGCGGGGAAUUGGAUCGGUCAAGACUCCCAGAAUCCUCCAGGCUGCUGGAGUUGGCCGAGGAGUCGGACAGCGAGGUGGAGGACUUUGAGCUGCUGGACCAGUCGGAGCUGGAGCAACUGGAGGGGGAGCUGGGGCUGGGAGAGGAGAAGGUCCAGGCCAAAGAAGAGGAGAAGACAGAGAGCGACAAGCCAGCCUCUUCUGGAUUCUUCUCCAAACUCCUGAGACGCCACUGAUGGAAGAAAAGGACGGUCGGCAGGGUUAGUGAGGACAUGUGGAGGGGAGAUGGAGGUGGUGUGAUCACAGAAGACUGUUUGGGGUUAUAAGAAAAUUAUGUUUCCAUUUACUUUUUUCUGUAGAGCUAACAUCAACAUUUAAAAAUUGACCAGUUUGUCAAAUAUGGAGCUGAAAAGUGAGAAUCUUCUGAGCUUAAUGCCGAGAUCGGACUGCACAAUAUCAGCCAGAUGAUGACUUCACGCGACAGACGAGGGGACAGAAAUGGGUGUCUUGUUUAAUCCGACAAGUCCUCCAAACCUGCAACCUCAUAUGUCUGUGUUCCUUGAAAUAUGUCCAACAAGGGUGAUUCUAAAAAUAGUGCCCUUACCUCUUGGGUAAGGAGAUCAACAUGUCUUCAUACAUUACUGUGUAGUUUAAACACAGUGUUAAUGUUGUGAAAAAUCUGUGGUUUCAUUAGGUUGAGGCAACAGACUACUUCCCUAAAGUCAGGGAAGAAAAGUACAUGGUGAGGCAAUGGUUAGAAAAGUUAUAAUAAAGUUAUAAUAGUUACAAAGCUGAUGCAAUUACUGAAGUGAAGCAGCUCAAAUAAAAUAUUUGACUUUUGUUUUUGCAUGGAACAUGAACUUUUAACUCAAUCUUUGCUUUCACACUCGUCACUUCUGCAUUGGCAUCCUUCAUGAUUAUUAAGGCCACUAGAGGGCGCCGCUGACUACAAACAUAAAUAUAGCUUGUAAUAAUCUGCCGUACAAACAACACGACGUGGUUGUCGCCGAUUUUGAUGACACCUAGUUGGUGUGAGCAGCAGAAGGUAUUACUAAAACAUUUCAACAUGGAGUGCUUUUGCCCAAGCAACCUGCAUAUUUAUUUAUUUAAUUAUCUAUUUAUUUAUGAACAUAUAUUUGUAGUGCGCCCCCUACAUAUUUAUCACAGGUCCGUUCUCUUCCUAUUUGCUGACAUUUUUAAUUAAAAAAUGUCCUUUUUUUCGGAUUCUGUGACCGUCUAAUCCAACACAGUGACCUUUAUGAAAAAAGAAAUAUUGUGUAGUCUGAUCCUGGCGUAAAGAUGUGUUGAUGAUUUGAGGAAUAGGAGUCGUACUGGUCGUUUUAAUCAGUUGCUGUGGUAACAGUGGUCUUUUCAAAAAUAACUUUUGUAAUCUCAUCACAUUUUAUGGUGAAAUCAAUUUAACAUAAACAGCAUAGAAACACUUGUUGAUGUAGAUGGUGACAUACUAUUACUUAGUUAUUAGCAAACAAGGACAGCAUACAUUUACAUUUACCACUAACCUGUGAGGUGGUAAUAUGGAUAACUAUAUAUAUAUAUAUAUAUAUAUACACACACACACACACACAAUGUAGACAGUUCACAAACCUCACUUUGACGCUGAAUCAUCCAACAUUUCCCAGAAUUCCAAAGACAUCAAAUCAGCUGACAAUCACUCGGCAAUCAAAACACCUUUAAGGCUCGAAAUAUUGCUACUGUUUGGAUAGUUGACUGUGAGGAUUACAAAGUAGGAAACCUUUUUAUUAUUAUUAUUAUUAUUAUUAUUAUUAUUAUUAGUAUUAUUAUUAUUAUUUUAUUUUAUAUGUAGGUUUUAUUUUUCAUGAAACAUGUAUGUAGUCGAGAGACUUAUUUUAUAACAACAUGCAGCAGGUCUCAAAAUACUAUGCAUGGAAAUCUCAUUUUGAGACGUUAAUAUAUUUAAACAUUAAAACAUUUUACUUCCAGCCCAAGAAUUUGCACAUGUGCCCCGUUUUUAUCUAAACAAUGACGGUGAAGGAGAAUUAUAGUUGUAAACGGUUUUGGCUUAAGGACUGUAUAAACAUGAGCGGAGCAUCUCUAGAAAUAUCCCCAAUUCAGCCACUGCUAUCUUGUUCUGGUGGAGUGAUUUGGAGCCAGUCUGCGCAGUAGUGACAAAGAUAUCAACUUCCUGCCCAAACACCAGUCUGAUCAAUCAGGAGUCAGUUACAGUUGUCAAUCAUGACAUCACAACCCGGUUUUAUAGAAUCAAAUAACAAAUUAAAACCAAACACAUAAAAAAAAAAAAAAACUCCUGAACAAAUAUCACGGUGAUAGGAACGGCCUAGAAUGACAAAAAACAUCUUUGGGGAACAUUUAUUUGUUCUCUACUUUGUGUUUUUAGUUUGACUAUAUAUAUUUAUAACCUGUACUGCAGCCAGGGGGCAAAUGUUUUGGUCUCAUUUUUUGGGAAGCUGUCAGGUUGUCCCUCUUUCAAGUCAAGUCUCGGCCCAUGUGAACCCAUAAAGAAAUCAGAUCCUCAAGUUGUACCCAAAUUAAGCUCAAAAUGAAAUUUGAAUGUGCUGAAAGUAAAAUGUUAUGCGAUGGCGUACCCCCAAAUGCACCUUAAUUAUUAUUUAGCAAUGCACCUAAGUAUGGCGGUCUGCUGUGACAAGCAUCAGUUGUGGAUUCACCAAAUGAAGAAAGACUGUUUCCUUCAACAUGCCUUGUACAUUAUAAGACUUUGUUUUUUUUAUAAUAAAGACACAGCAAUGUAUGAUGUAUCUUCUUGAAUUAAUCAUGAAUGCCUUGUAUUAGUAAAGGUGACAAUAGAAAUAUUUGUUCAUCAGUGCCUAAGAG